CGGCCGCUGCCCGCCCCCAACAAGAUGGCGGCCGGGCGGGAAGCGGCGGCGCUAGCCCAGUGCGGGGCGGCCCCGCCUCACACCGCCCGCCCGCCUCUCUUCGCCGCCCACUCGCGGAGGCCUCCGUGGAGCCGGGCGAUGAUCCCCGCCGCCAACUCUUGAGCCGCCGCCCGUCCUGGUGGGCAUGGGGCUGGGCUCGAGCUCCGAGGUCCCCGACGGCGGCGCCGAGGGCUUCCACGUCCACGGGGUUCAGGAAAACUCCCCAGCUCAACAAGGAGGACUGGAACCUUUCUUUGAUUUCAUCAUUGCAAUAGGACACACUAGGCUUAAUAAAGAAAACAAUAUGUUGAAAGAUCUGCUGAAGGCAAAUGCUGAAAAAGCAGUGAAGCUGGAGGUGUAUAAUAUCAAAACAAUGAAAAUAAGAGAGGUGGAGGUGAUCCCCAGUAACAUGUGGGGAGGACAAGGUCUUCUUGGAGCCAGCGUGAGGUUCUGCAGUUUCCAGGGAGCCAAUGAACACGUGUGGCAUGUUUUGGAUGUUGAACCUGCAUCUCCUGCAGCUGUAGCUGGAUUGCAGCCAUACACUGACUACAUUGUUGGAUCUGAUCAGAUUCUACAGGAGUCAGAGGACUUCUUCUCACUGAUUGAAUCUCAUGAGGGAAAGCCGCUGAAGCUGAUGGUUUAUAACACUGAAGCAGACUCCAUUCGAGAGGUAGUUGUGACUCCCAAUGGAGCUUGGGGUGGAGAAGGAAGUUUAGGAUGUGGAAUUGGUUAUGGCUAUUUGCACAGAAUUCCAACACAGUCUUUAUCGAAGAAAAGGCCAGGAAGCAAACCACCUUCACCCUUACCAGAAGCUGGAACUCCUGCACCAUCUACUAAUGGUUACACAGAGACUCCAUUGUUGGCACCUACUUCUCAAAGUGACAACUCUGAAAUAGUUAUGAACUUGGAUCAUUCCACAGGCCAAGAAAUGAGUGGGUAUUCGCCAGAAAGCUCACUUUCUUCUCCUCCCCCUCUCCAGAGAGUUAUGGAUCCAGGAUUUCUAGACAUGUCUGGUAUUUCACUUCCUGAACUCCCUGACUUAACGAAAGUGUCCAACGUGUCUUCAUCUGCCUCCUUCACCAUGCCAACAGUAGACACAUUAGUAGGCACUGAAAAGUUCAUGUCAAACAGUGAACCUUCUGCUUAUUUUGAGAAUGCCACAACUCUGAACCCUGAAGAUUUAAUGAUGUAUUCUGAAGCCUCUACUAAGCAGCCUGAGUUGGACCACCUACUGCCUACAGCUUCUUCUUUGCCUUCUUUUACUCUUCCUAAUGAAAUUUCUUCAAAAACAACACUAGGAACUGAUUCCAAGAACGAAGAAACAGUACUCUUAAACAGUUUUGAGAGCUCAUUAUCCACUACUCUGACGAAACCUGAUGAUGAAGAAGCAUGUGAACAGAAAGAGGAGGAAGCUGCACAAGGUCAAGAGUGAAAUGGAUGCUUCUUUUGUUUACAGAUGGCCAUAUGCUGUAAUUCUACAGCUUGGAAUAUUUUUCUGAUCUUGAAAGAAUUACGCCUGUUCUAUUUUGUUAGUGUAGACAAUAGUAUAAAAACCAGAAAAGCAUAUUUAGAUGGAAUACAUAUUCUAUUGUCUUCUCUAAUCAUUGUUUAAUAGAUUGAUCUGUGUUCCAACUUUUUUGAAUGCUGUCCAAAAUCACUAAAUGAAAGACAAAACUAGGGCAGAAACCAUUUGGAGACCGGAGUCUUCAAUGGAGUUGAGUAUGUCUUGGUUUCUGUAGUGACAAAGGAAUAGCUUUUCUUCUGCUUUUCUAUUUACGUAGUUACUAUUUUCAUACAAAUCAUUAAGACACUGGAAUAGAACACGGUGCAGCAACACUAAUCUUCUUUGUAGCUUUAUUUUGUUUAUACUUGCUUUUGAAUAUAUAUGUUACAUGGUGAAUACUAAAUAUGAAAUGAACAAUUGAAAACAUGAGGGUGUUUUUAUACACCUCAGGGCCGUGAUUUGUCAUGGAGUUUCAAAUCUGGAGUGAAGGUAUUCCUAAUCAGUAGUUAGCGCAGCUAAUGUGAUGAAAAUCCUCAGUAAAUUAAGGGCGUCGGGUACAUUAGGUAUAAUCUAUGAACUACUGUAUAUGUAGCUGGCAGGCCAGUGUCAAAUUCCCUUCCUCCCCUUCUCAUGGUGUGUUUCUACGCUGCGCCCUAUAGAGAUCAGGAUGCAAAAUGACUGACUUGGUUGGAAUCUAGUAACCAUGCAGGAUGGGGAGUUGCAGUCACACAGCGUUGCUUGCAACAGCUCAGCUUCAACAAAACGGUGUAGAUGAAGUAGCAACACAAGAGGGGUCUCAGAUGAGUACAACAUUUGGUAAACUUUGUCCUUUAUAUUCCGUAAUCUUUGUGUUAGUCUUAAAUACUGUUUUGCCAUAAAAUAGGUCAGGAUGGUCAAAACAUCCUCCUCUUCCUGCUUAAAAGGAAAAUACUAAGCCCUAGGUACAGAUGGUAGAAUUAAAGGAUUUGAAAUGUAGUCUGCGCGGUCUGGGAAAGAAGUUCAUUAUUUACGUACUGCUAAAAUGAAAUUUAUUUUCUUCCCCUAGUUGACUGAUAGAAGAGCAAACAGCCAAACGCUAAAGAUAAAGUAAUUCAAGUGGUUGGUGUGUUUCUGAGACACCGAGGACAUCUCUUGAGUUUGUGUUGUUUUUGUUUGUUUGGGGCUGGUUCUAGUCGUACACCUUUAUCAACCCUGUGGUUAAGCUUGUAGUAGUACACUUAAGUGAUGCUGUACCGUAAGCACCCUUCUGAAAUUUCAGAGCAGGAAAUGUCAAAAUUAAUUUCAAAUGUCACAGGAAUAAACAGCUUAAUGCUUCA